AUGCUGUUAUUUCUUGUUGCUAGUUUUGAAACAAUAUCAAAUGCACUUUCUUCGUUUAUUCAUUUAAUUAAUGCUCUUAUUAAAGAAGUUUUACAUUUUUCUCCACCAUCAAGUGGAACUGUAAGAACAUUAACAAUCAAUGAUUAUCUUCUUCAUUCGGGAUUUCAUUUAUAUAAAGGUGAACAAAUAAUAAUUCUAUUUUAUAAUUUAGCACGCAAUCAACGUUAUUGGAAAAUUGAUCCAAAUAUUUUUUAUCCUGAAAGAUUUUUAAAUGAAGAUCAAGAACCAUUAUCGAUAUGCAUUUAUUCCUUUUGGUGA